AUGGAUAAAUCCUGGAUGCUCAAAGAUCGUAGAUCAAAAGAUUAUGAGGAUGGGGUUGAACAAUUUUUGAAUUUUGCUAUGAUAUAUGCGAGGGAUCUUCAAUCCAUCCGAUGUCCAUGUAGAGUAUGUGGAAACUUGAAAAGCCAAGCUGUUGAAGAGAUUAGCAAUCAUCUCUUUUUCCAUGGUAUUGAUCAAAGCUAUCAAACAUGGAUAUGGCAUGGAGAAGCAGCCACUAGAAAGGCACCGCCGUCUGGAUAUGCAGAAGAUACUUUCCAUCGGCAAGUUGACUCAUCCCCCUCAAAUGAUGUAGCAGAAACAAUUGAAAUGGUUGAAGCCGCAUAUAAUUAUUGCACAGCUGAUCCGAAUGAGUUCAGAAAAAUGCUUGAAGAUGCAGAGAAACCCUUAUAUCCCGGAUGUUCAGAUAACACAAAGUUAUCUGCUUUGGUCACAGCGUUCAACUUCAAAGCUCGGCAUCAGUUGUCUAAUACAGCUUUCGAUGAACUGUUAAAGAUUUUGGGCCAGUUGCUCCCAAAAAAAAAUGAAAUGCCGUCAUCGAUGUAUGAGGCACCGAAGACCAUGGAUACAUUAGGGAUGGAAAAUGAGAAAAUACAUGCAUGUCCUUCAGACUGCAUACUCUAUCGGAAGGAGUACAAAGAUGCAACUACAUGUCCUACAUGCAAAAGGUCAAGAUGGAAGUUAAAGAAAAAUUCAACUGAAGUAAGAGAAAGUGUCCCAGCAAAAGUUGUAUGGUAUUUUCCACUGAUCCCGAGGUUCCUAAGGAUGUAUCAGUUACCAAAAACAACAAAGAACUUAACAUGGCAUGCUAAUGAAAGAGAGUCCGAUGGAAAACUACGUCACCCAGCAGACUCCCCAGCAUGGAAGUUAGUAGACCACAUGUGGCCAGAUUUUGGUGCAGAGCCAAGAAACCUUCGGCUAGCUAUUUCUGCCGAUGGUAUAAACCCACAUAGUUCUCUUAGCAGCCGGUAUAGUUGUUGGCCAGUUGUAAUGGUUAACUAUAAUCUUCCACCAUGGUUGUGCAUGAAGAGGAAAUUCAUGAUGUUAACUUUGUUGAUAUCGGGUCCACAACAACCUGGUAAUGACAUCGAUGUUUUUCUAGCACCUCUAAUUGAUGAUUUGAAACUAUUAUGGGAUGUAGGGGUUGAGGCUUUCGUUGCUUACCGACAACAACAUUUCAAUUUGAGGGUUGUACUGCUUUGGACAAUUAAUGAUUUUCCUGCAUAUGGAAAUUUGAGUGGUUGCAAGGUAAAGGGGUAUGAUGCAUGUCCAAUUUGCAGCGAAGGAACUUGCCUUCGUAGAUUAAAACGUGGUAAGAAGAAUAUUUAUGUGGGACAUAGAAAAUUUCUUCCAAUAAACCAUCCAUAUCGAAGGUUAAAGAAGGCAUUUGAUGGCAAACAGGAGUUGGGAUUGGCUCCAUCGCCAUUAAGUGGAGAGGAAAAGAAGUCCAUAUUCUUUGAUCUUGAGUAUUGGAAGUACUUGCUUAUCCGACACAUAUUGGAUGUUAUGCACAUUGAGAAGAAUGUGUGUGAGAGUAUCAUUGGUACGUUGCUUAACAUUCCGGGCAAAACAAAGGAUGGAAUUAGUGCUCGUCUUGAUCUUGUGGAGAAGGAUUUACGACAAGAGUUGGCACCACAGGUUGGAGAGAAGCAGACAUACUUGCCGCCAGCAUGCUACACACUAUCAAAUGUGGAGAAAAGAAGACUUUGCACAACAUUGUCGGACCUCAAGUUAUUUCCUGUGGCAAUACGUUCUGUGUUGCCUAAAGAAGUGAGAUAUGCCAUUACAAGAUUAUGCUUCUUUUUCAAUGCUAUCUGUGACAAGGUUGUUGAUGUGGCAAAGUUGGACAAAAUUCAAUCCGAUAUAUGCAUCUUGUUAGAGAAGUACAACUAUGUGGACUUGUUCAUUUUCGAUGGAUGUACCCAUUUGAGAGGUUCAUGA